CCUGCGUAUAGUUAAAUCACUCCAACUCCGCCUUCCCGGUCCGUGGAAGAACGGGAGGAAGGGAAUUGUUGCAAGCCUGUUGCUAUGGCCACGUAGCAGCGGGCUGAGCUGUUUGUGUGGCUGGAAUCCUGCUGCAUCAGCUGCUGCACGUAUUUAACUGGAUUUGGAGGAUGAAGUCCAGCCUAAUGCAUUUUGUUCCCCCAGUGAGCAGGGACAGAAUAAUCUCCCAGUUUCCCAAGUGGUACACACCUGAGGCCUGUCUGCAGCUUAAGGAGCACUUCCACACACAGGUCAGCACUGCCUGGCAGCAGAGCACUGCAGCAGCAGGGCUGAAAAUAUCCAAAGUGGUUGUGGUAGGAGACCUGUAUGUUGGGAAAACCAGUCUUAUCAACAGAUUUUGUAAAGAUAAUUUUGACCGAGACUACAAGGCAACCAUUGGAGUGGAUUUUGAAAUGGAACGUUUUGAGAUAAUUGGAAUCCCAUAUCAUCUCCAGAUAUGGGACACAGCAGGUCAGGAAAAGUUCAAGUGCAUUGCAUCUGCUUACUACCGAGGAGCAGAGGUUAUAAUAACAGUGUUUGAUCUGGCUGAUAUCCAAACUUUGGAUCACACCAAACAGUGGCUAGAAGAUGCAUUGAGGGAGAAUGAACCAGAUUCCAGCUUCAUCUUUCUAGUUGGAACAAAAAAAGAUUUGGUGUCAGAUGCUGUGUGUGAGAGGACAGAGCUGGAUGCCAUCCGCUUGGCCAAUGAGAUGCGGGCAGAAUAUUGGUCUGUCUCAGCCAAAACAGGGGAAAAUGUCAAAGAAUUCUUUUCCCGAGUUGCUGCCUUGGCCUUUGAACAGUCCAUGAUAAAGGAGCUGGAGAACACUCCUGGGCACAUGGCCCAAAUUGGGGCAGGAAAUCUCAUCAACCUGGAGAACAUUCUGGAAAUCCCAGAAGGCAACGCUCAAGUCAGCCCGAGUUGCUGCUAAUUGUCAACUGUUCCUUCAGGCCCUGUGCUUCUCUGCAGCACAGCACAGAGCACCUGCAGCAGUGCAAGCUCUCAGGCCAGAAACAGAGAGCUUUAAUUUGGGAAACAAGGCAGGAAAAACUCAGCCAAACUUCCCUUCUGAGAGUUCCCUUGCUGCUGCAGGCUCCUUGUGCAGGGUGGUACAAUUGUUACAUAAACCUUCCUCUGUGUAGUUGGAACACAACAUCCUUAAUGCAAGGAGACAUUGCCAGUGCCAUGUGCUCACCUGUCUGCCAGAAAUGCUUGUAGUCAAAAAUGAUGUCAUUUUAGUGUGUUGUUCUUUGAUAAUUCUCUAGAAAUCUUAGAUAGUGAAGUUGCAUUCUCAUGGGGGCAGGAAAAAAGUGGCAGUUCAGAGUAAAGGGUGCUAUCCAUAAGUUUUUCCCUUUUAAAGUCAUAGCAUAAAAUAACUCUGAUCUGCUUUUGUGAAUUCCAAGUAUUUUGGAACUAUUCCAGUAAAAAUCUUUUUAAGUAUCAGGUAUGGAUACACAAAUGCAGACUGCAUAGUUUCCACUGUGGUUUCUCCAUCCAGGAAAAAUCUGUAUUAUUUUUCAUUUUCCACUUGAGAAUCAGAGCCCAGUAUUUAAGUACUUCCAAGCCUAGAAGUCCAGGUAGGAACUUUGUUGUUUUAUCCCAUCUGUCUAAUAUUUUGAAAAUGUUACCAGAUAAGAAUGCUAUUCUUUUCCACUCACUUGAAUAAGAAAGAAUGGUCUCACAAGUGCAUAAUAUGGAACACAUAUAUUCCAAAGAGGAUGCAGAUUCCUUCUCUGCAUUGAUCUUCAUGAAUAUUGUCUACAUGCAGUCCUACUUUGUUGCUAAGAGUAAUUCACAGAUUUCACAGGGUAUUCCUAAUUGGAAGGGACCCACAGGGAUCAUCGAGUCCAACUCCUCAGUGAAUGGCUCAUAUGUGGAUUGAACCCACAACCUUGUUGUUAUUGCACCCUGCUCUAACCACCUGCUUUGGUUUGGGGUUUUUUUGUAAUAAUGUAAUAAGAUUUUGGAACCAUAUGUGGUCUCAGUCAUGAACCUGAUCAUCCCUGGCUGAGGUGGGAACUCAGAGCCAGCAAGGUUGGAUUCCAUACUGAAGUAAAGCAGCUUUAAAAUGCUCUGUUUUCCUUUGGGCAACAAUGACUGAUGGCCAAAGACAUUCCUCUUUCAAAAGUUAUUCCUGCUGACAGAUGGCAUUGCCAAAAAUUACUAUAACAAAUACUUGGCCAGUAUUUGUGAAAUUGCAUUAGUAUGCUUGAUUAUGCUAAUUAGGUUUAAACUGCAGAAGUACCAAAGAAGUGGAAGGGAAAUACACUCAUUUUAUUUCCUUCUAAAUUUUCCAAUAGCUCACUGAAUUCUAACAUGCAGUUGUGAGUGUCUAGGUAAUGAUAUUUCUCUAAAGAUAAAUGAGAUGUUAUAAAUCUUUUGCUUGCAGUAAACUGUUCAAAUGUGUGGCCUUCAAAAUUACUGUAAGUGCUCAAAUCAUAGAAAUAACGAAGGAAUCAAGGUGGGACAGCAGAAACACUCUUUCUCUAGGAAUCUAUCAGCAGCUUAGAAC